AUGGAGUACAACGUGACCGUGAAUACAGGCAAGUACUCAGGUACUAAUAACUAUGUGUACAUUACGCUGGUGGGGGAGAAAGGAGAAAGUGACAAGACGCUCCUGAAGAAACAUUACGCGAGUCUGAAAACAGGCCAAUCUGGUGAAUACAAAGUUUAUAGUGGGAUUCCACUGGGUCGUGUGUACCUUGUACGCUUGGAGACAGUGAAAUGGAAGGUGCCACAUUUAUAUAAUAAAUGGUUUUGCAGUUAUGUGCAAGUCACACCACCAGGACGGGAAACAAUACAAACCUUCCCUUGUUACCACUGGUUAGUGGGAGAUGAUAAAGUAGAAAUCUGUGAUGGCACAGCUAAAAGGCUGUGUGAUACAAUCCUGAGGCAGGAGCAAGAUCAUAGAAAGGCACAGCUAGAGGAGAGACAGAAAACUUUCCGAUGGCAAGCCUGGGCUCAAGGAAUUCCUAAGUGCAUAGAUGCAGAGCAUGAGCUACCCCUGGAUGUUUGUUUCGACGGGCAGAAGGAAUUCGACUUUGAUGAAUCACUUCUUUCUGCGUCGGUGAAGCUGGGGCUAGAGGAGGUGAUCAUGUGUCCUGAGUCAUGGGAAGAUCUGAAAUCUUUUGAGCGCAUAUUUUCUGCACUGCCUGAGAGUCCCAAUGCAGUAUACACUAAGAAACACUGGCAAGAAGACUGGUUUUUCGGCUAUCAGUUCCUGAAUGGAGUGAAUCCUCGAAUGAUCCAGAACUGCAGCAAACUGCCUUCCAAUUUUGCGGUCCAAGGAAACAUGAUGAAGGAUUCCCUACCCCCCAAAACUACACUGGAUAAAGAGCUAAAGGCUGGGAAUAUAUACCUUGUUGACUAUGCUAUACUGGAUGGAAUUCCUCCGAAUGUGAUCGAAGGCAUGCAGCAGUAUAUAGCAGCUCCUUUGUGUUUACUGUAUGAACAUCCUGACAAUGGCCUCAUUCCCAUCGCCAUACAGCUUGGACAGAAACCUACCAAGGACACACCCAUCUUUCUCCCUAAUGAUCCACCUAUGGCUUGGCUAUUGGCUAAAAUAUGGGUCCGUCAUGCCGAAUUUCAGAUUUUCGAGGUGCUGUCGCACCUGCUGCGGACUCAUCUCACAGCAGAGGUGUUCUGUGUGGCCACAUUGCGUCAGCUCCCUGCAGUCCACCCAAUAUAUAAGCUGCUUAUUCCUCAUAUGAAGUACACCCUGGAUAUAAACUGCCGUGCACGCACACACCUCAUCUCUAGUGAUGGUAUCUUUAAAAAGGUGGUGUCCACCGGUGGUGAAGGGCUGCUGAUGCUGGUUCAGGGGGAGUAUAAGGUCCUGACCUACCGCUCUCUCCAACCACUGUGCGACUUCAAAGACCGUGGUGUUUCUAAACUCAAUAAAUACUUCUACAGAGAUCACAGCUUGAAGCUCUGGAGUGCCAUUGAGAAUUAUGUCUCCAGGAUAGUGUCUCUAUACUACAGAUGUGACAGUGAAGUAGAGGAGGAUGCAGAACUUCAGGCAUGGAUUAAAGAUGUGGUUGAGGAAGGCUUUGCAAAUGCUUCUAACUUUGGGCUGCCUAACAAACUACAAAAUAAACAGGAACUGAUCACACUAUUGAGUGUGAUCAUCUUUACCAGCUCUGCACAACAUGCAGCAAUCAACAAUGGACAGUUUGACUUUUGUGCGUGGGUACCCAACACACCUUGCACCAUGCGCCAGCCUCCACCCACAGACAAGGACAGUGUCACCAUGGAGUUCAUCAUGAGCACACUUCCAAAUAUCAGCCAGUCAUGUUUGGAGAUAGCAAUCACAUAUGUUUUAGGAAGAUUUCCGCCACACACAAUGCCUCUGGGACAGUACAUGGAACAGUAUUUUACUGAGCCAUCAGCCAAAAAGGAGAUUGACAGAUUCUGUGAUGAUCUGCAGGAUAUUGAGGCAGAAAUUAUAAAACAAAAGGAGUAUCUCUAUCUGUGUCCUAGUCGUAUAGAGAACAGCAUUGCCAUAUAG